GGGCUUCUGGACGCUGCUCACCGAGAUGCCGACCUACAUGAAGGAGGUGCUGGAGAAGGACAUCAAGAAGAAUGCUCUACUCUCCUCGCUGCCUUACCUCGUGAUGUGGAUGUUGAGCUUCGUGUUCAGUCCACUGUCCGAUUUCCUCAUUAAUCGAAACUAUCUGUCGCGCGUGACUGGCCGGAAGCUGUUCAACACGAUUGGUCUUUGGAUACCGAUGGUGGCUCUACUUGGCUUAGCCUUCGUACCGAAGGGUAGCUCCGAUCUGGCGGUCGUACUGCUAACGCUCGCUGUCGGUAUAAACUCCGCCACGUAUCUUGGCUUCCAAGUGAAUCAUAUUGAUCUCGCACCCAACCAUGCCGGCACGAUGAUGGGCAUCACUAACUGUGCAGCAAACAUAAUGUCCAUCAUUGCACCGCUCAUUGUUGGGGAAGUGAUAACAGAUGCGAGCGAUCCUAUACAAUGGCGCCGAGUGUUUUACAUAGCGGCCGGCGUUUACUUCUUUGGCAAUCUGAUUUUCAUCGUCUUCGGGAAGGCUGAUAUUCAACCGUGGAAUGAGCCACAAUCGCCAAUCCCUCACACGCAAUCGAAUGCAAAUGAUACCGAAGCCGUGCGGAACACUAGCAAUACAGCCGCCAAUAACCCAAAUCACAGUGACUAAUGUGUGCUGCUGGCGCUUUGGGCUUUGUGUAAUGUGUCUAGUCCCACCGAAACACAAGUGGUCAGACUACAACAGCUGGUGGUCCCUUCCAACUCAAACGCAAACGCCGUUUGAACUUAACUUUAGUGAUUAAACGCUACAUCGCGAAGAGAGCUUUAAGCGAGUGUGCAUGGUCAUGGAACCGAAUGGAAACGAACCGAAUUUGAUUACACUGUCAAUUGGAAUCGAAAAACAGGGACAUUUUACUUAACGGAAACCGCCACAAAGUACAAGGGCGUGAGAAUAAUGGGCAAUCUAGUGUGCUUCGUAUCCUAUAAUAAAAGGCUACAUAAGAGAUCAUUUUUGCGGUUUUGCGCGAUCUGCGACGGUCGCCGAACUGUAGUAGAUCACCACUGAUCACUCUCCGUAAAUUACUGGUAUAUGCUGUUGUUAAGGAAUGAAAUGCUGGCUUGCGGCCGGCAGAUAAGUAAUUUAGAUGGCGGAUUAGUCGAGCAACAAUAUGGUUAACAACUGAUCGUCCUAACUUUGGAUCAAAACACGAAGAGCUUUCGAAAUACCUCUUCCACACUGUAGGGCACCUGAAACUAUUUUUCUGUCGAUUCAAACUUUAACCAUAUUCAAAGGGACUAUCCGUAAGAGCGGUCGCGGCCGCCACAGAUGUAUUUAUUAAUCGUUAUAUUUUUAAAAUAAAGCAAAGGAAAUGCUACCGAUGCAUUUCAAAUGAUGAUGA